AUGCCACCCCUUAUUGAAGAGACCCCUCCUGACGUCCGCAUGGACUAUCGGGUGGGACGCGGCGAGCAGGGUGUUCUGUCUUUUGAGCCGUACAAGAGCCACAUCUUGCCUCUCUGGCGAUUUAGGACCGUCCCGAUCGCUAAGAAGAGUUCAGAAGACUUGUGGCAAAAGUUCAUCGAAUUCGACGAGCAAGGUGACUUUGUGGGAAUGGACAUGACGCGGAAAUUCAUUCAGAUGGGCUUUACUCGAGCCAAGCGGUACGCGAACCACGCAGGAGGGCGCAAGUACGACAAGACGUCCGGAAAGGAGAUUCCCAGAAGCGGAUCCCACAAGGGCAAAGAGGAGAAAUUGGCCGCCAGUGCGAUCUUCCGAGAGGUAUGGGAGAGGUGCAAGCAGCACGAGGGAUAUCAGCAGAAGAAGGUGGCUUUUCUGAAGGAGCAGAAGGAGUGGAGGAAAGACAACGCGCAGACGUAG